AUGCCGCUCAGCAGGUUUGUUUCUUCCUUUAGAAUUCGGAACACUUCUCCCAAGGCAAAAGAUACUGCAGCUUCUGCCAUUUCACUCUCACCUUGCAAUUAUGCUGUUCUCAUGUAUCCAGAAAAAGCAUUUCAGAAAUAUGGUGCUUUUCGCCUUUUUCUUCCACUGGGAACUGCGGAGCACUUUUAUUGUCGAAAAGAUGAUUUGAGCCACGAUUCCCAUUGUCAAGUGGGUCCUUAA